CCGAGCCCCACUACUUCCUUCCUGUAUCCGGUAUGUCGCGCUCCAGGGAUCGCGCACCCGCGGACUCCCCGGCCCGACUUGCCUCGGUUUCAGUUCAACACCGGCGUUUCCUACGUACUCAAGUUCGCAGUGGUCGUGGUGCUCGUACACGAGUACGAAACCAGUGGGUUUUAGCCGAUUUCUGUCGUUUUGGGGGCCAUUUCGCAACGAUCAAGCACACAUUUGAAGGUCUAUUAUCGACUUAAGAAGAAGCGUACAAUUGUAUGCAGAUUUGUGGAAAUGAAAACACCGAGCGUAAUGGGUACCAUGGAUGAGGACUUGCUUCAGCAGUUGGCCACGCGGUAAAAAUAACGAUCGAACCAUGACCAUUGCCAGGAUUUGAUUGAAAACCUGACGCUAAGCCAAAAUGACGGGUAAAGGCUUGACUGCUUCCAAAGCGUUCUUGUGCUGCUCUAACAUCGUAUUUCUGAUCUCAGGAUUCAUCCUGAUCUCUCUAGGGACACUUCUCCUGGCUGACAACGAGCGAAUCCUGCUGUCGCGUCUAUUGGGCCCAGGCGAUGCAACCCCUGAACAGCCUCUGUUUUACUAUUUGGCGUUCGCUAUUGUGGCAUUGGGAUUCCUGAUGGCUGCUACCGGACUUCUUGGUUGCUGGGCCUCGUGUCUCUAUAACCGUUGCGUAACCGUAACCUACGUAGCCCUGAUAAUUAUUCUACUCCUCGGAGAAUGCACUGUUUGCGUAUUGGCUGUGUUUUGGCCUCAUCUACUCGGUGUAGACGUCAGGACCGCACGUCUCGUUCGGGCUCUACAACGCAGCUACGCGGUGGCUGGGCGAGAUCAAUUCACCGCUGCUCUUGAUCUGGCUCAAACCGCGUUCUCCUGCUGCGGUAUAAACGGAAGCAGUAAUUACGGGACAUCUUGGUGGCGCCUCCAAGAAAUUGGUCGUCGUGAUCUGGUUGUCCCGCUGACUUGUUGCAUGCUGAACAACACGCUCCAAUCCGAGGCGUUCCUGAACCCAGAACCGACGAAUUUAACUUUGUGCGAAACCCUGAAUCCCGCCGAGCAUCAGAAAGCUCGACACACUCAGGGAUGUAUAGGACCGUUGGAAAAAUGGACUCAGGAUCAGGCGCUCAUUUUGCUUGGAGUAGGACUGGCGGUUGUUCUAGUUGAACUCUGCGCGUUACUCAGCACCUUUUUCGCCUGCUCUAAGCUCCGGAAGGGCGAUAAGCCACGACCCUCAACCUUCACGUCGACGCGUACUCUUGGAACAUUCAACGAAGCAGAUCACGACUACGGGAUAGAGAACAGAAUGCACAUGGCAGGGACGACCUUCGGUGCCAAGUCAUGAAGGCGGCUGGGGGACAGCGAGAUCGAGGGGGCAACAAGGACGGAAGGGGUGCAGACGGAGCCGAGAGAGUUGGAACCGUGGACAAAAAAUCGGCUGAGCAUUAUUGAGAAUUGGCAAAAUCCCACGAACGGGUCUAAUUACGUGAUAAAGGGUGAUCAACUCUACGAGGAACGCGCCAUCGACGUAAGGUUGGUGAACGCACCUCCGGAUCUCAUUCAGAAAAGAGAUCCUGCGGGGAAGCAGGAAGAAAACAAUCGCGGAACUAUGAUAAAGAUCAGGAAACCUCAAGGAGGUGGCACAGUCAGAAAUAUUCCUAUCAAGGACUACCAGGCGUCCAUAGCAGCGAACUUUGGCACCUUGAGAAAAUCGGUCCUACCCCAACAGCAGUUCGAAUCCUUAGUUACCGAGUCGGAGAAGGAGCCUAGACUAUCGAGUAAGACUAAAGAACGAGUCAAUCUUCUUCCUCGUAUCUCAAAAGGCAAUCUUAAGAUUGCCAAACGGUCUGAUGAUGGCUUUAGUCUGACGAUGAAUCCGGAUUUGUCCCUUUUUCGUUCAACGGUAGCGGGCGAAUACCGGAACAACGACUUGCCCAACAAGGAUCACCGACGUCGUGCGUCUGUCGGUCAAAAUCUCUGCGACAGAAGAGGCCAUCUUGAAAGAGACUCCGUGGAUUUGCAACGGGGUCACGUGGUCCAAAAGAUUUCCGUAUACGAGGGAAACAGUCGGGACCCGAUCCGGCGUUCCGUCGAUACCGGAAGAAAACGUCAGCUCGGAGUGCCGCUCGUUGGUAUGCACAACGCCUGUGGACUGCCGGUAAUCGCACCGUGGCCCACUCAGCUUAACGUUGACCCUGUGCAACCCUCGAGGAGAAUCCCGGUCACCAUCCGUCCCUCGCAAAAAGCACCCCUCGCUGUCCCCGCCGGCAGGAGCCGGACCCAUCCGAAGAGAAGAGCACCGCAGCAUCCGAGCGAAGAACUGGCGCCUCGCGAACCCAGGAAGUUUGUUUCGAGAUCGCGGCAGGCUUUCAUUGGCAGAAAUACCGCCGUUGCGGACAUCGGAGGAACUUCGACGAAACAAGGCAAGGGCCAGCGGCGUCCUUCCUUCAAGGUUAACCGGACGGACGCGUUUUCUACGAGACUGUCCCGCGACUCCUCCCUGAAGCGAUCGCCCCGGACCACUGUCAGAUCUCGUAAGGGUGAAGUUAAGAUGAGGUCGCCUCUGUUAGGGACUUUCAGGAGGAGGUCCUUGAGGGGAGGAAGUGCCAAGAGGAAGACGCUCUACGCUAAGGACGAUGGCGACGAGGCUGCCAAAGUGUUGUCCACUCUUUGCUUGAACCCGUUGGCUCGAGGCAAAGAAGCUAUGAACAUGAUUUGGUGACUUGGCUUCUGUGAUGUGGUUGCCAGUUGAUUGUAAUAGUUGACCCUCGGUUACGAAUAACGGAAGAUUAUGAACUGUUGACCUUACGAUUAUUAUUAUAACUUAUUCCUAGUGAAUAGAUUAAUUCUAGGUAAAACUCGCUCUGUGGAAAAUGCAUAAAUUUUAAGAAAUUUGUUUAUUUCUAGGUAUGAGUAGAAAUAAGUCAUAGGUUCACAACGUGCUAUCAUAACCACUAAAUUUUAAUUUUGUAUCGUACGAUCAUUGUAUCUAC